CUGGUAUAAAAAUGGCGACUUACUGCUGAGAAAAGGAACCUGCAAGAAAGAAUUUAGAGUUUAUUGAUACUGAUUGAUUUCCUAAAAAAGUUGGACAUCAAUGUAAUAAUUUGGAUACAACCUAAAAAUGGCAUUAUCUCACAGAGAUCUUGAGGAUAUGAAGCCUCUAUUGAAUGACACGGUAAAGCAGCUUCUGGGAUUUAGCGAGCCAACUGUUGUUGCUGCUGCUUUAAAUUGUGUCAGCACUGGAUAUGACACUAACAAGACUGUUGAGCAACUUUCUCGCAUACUUGACCGUGGUCAAGCUUCAGUUCUGGCAGAGAGAGUCCAUCAUUUAUGUGAAGAUUUCAGAAACAGCUCCAAAAAGAAACGCAGAAGGGAUGAUGUUGACGACAAUAUGAAACGGAGAAAGUACAUUGAAGAUGAAAUGGAAAUGGCAGAGUUUGCUUCAUUAGCCCAGGCAGCAUCUAAGCCUAAAAACACACUGCCGAACCUGAACCCUCCAGGUACCAUGUUAACACCAGACAAGAUUAAAGAAAUGAUGGCAAAUGCACAAAAGAUGAUACAGGAAAGAAAAGCUCAGCUACAAGCAACUAUGCCUAUCCCAGCCCAUUCUCAGAGAAGCCUCAUGCAGGGUACCCCUGCAGAUGCAGCCAUAAAUAAGGUGAAGAGAGCUGCAGAACUGCAAGCCCAAAUCCAGUCCAGGUUAAGCGGUGUGGCUGGCAUGUUACCGCCACCUCUCAUCCCAGGCUUACAGGGCUCGGCUCAACAGCAGCCCUCACAUAUACCUCCUUUGGCAGGACCAUCUCCUCUCAUUCUAAACGAAGAAGGCAAAACUAUUGACGCCAAGACUGGAGAAGCAAUUCAACUGGCUUUGUAUACUCCAACUCUUAAGGCCAAUAUCAGGGCAAAAAGAAGAGAACAGUUCAAGGGACUCAUAGAGAAGCCACCAGAUGAAAUUAGUGAAAGCAAAUUUUUUGACAACAGGCUUUCUUUAAAAGGCAUUCAAAGACCCAAGCGAGGGUUUAAGUUCCAUGAAAAAGGAAAAUUUGAACAGCAGGCAUCAAGGCUUAGAGCUAAGGCCCAGUUGGAGCGACUUCAGGCUGAAAUUUCACAGGCUGCUAAGAAAACAGGCAUUGCUUCUGCUGCUAAAAUUGCCACUAUUGCUCCUAAGAAAGAAAUUAAAGAAGGCGAGGUGCCAGAUAUUGAGUGGUGGGAUUCUUUUAUCAUCAGAUCCAAUUCAUACGAAGCAUUUUCUAACACUGAUCCUAUAGAUAAAGAAGUUUAUAACGGCAUCACAAAUUUAGUAGAGCACCCUACACAGAUAGCACCUCCAGUCGAACCUAAAGACGAUGUUUCUAUACCAGUAUUCCUAACAAAGAAGGAAAGGAAAAAACUGCGCAGGCAGAAUAGGCGGGAAGCUGAAAAAGAAAUUCAAGAAAAAAUUCGAUUGGGUCUUGCCCCACCUUUAGAGCCUAAAGUGAGGAUGGCAAAUCUGAUGAGGGUGUUAGGUACAGAGGCUGUGCAAGAUCCAACAAAAGUGGAGGCACACGUCAGAGCCCAAAUGGCAAAGCGCCAGAGGCAGCACGAGGAAGCAAACGCUGCCAGAAAGCUGACUGUGGAGCAGAGGAGAGACAAGAAAAUUACAAAAAUUAAAGAGGAUACCUCUGAAGGUGUUCAUGUGUCUGUCUACAGAGUGCGGGACUUAACUGACCCAGCCAUCAAGUUCAAGGUUGAAACCAAUGCCAAGCAGUUAUACAUGACAGGCAUAACUGUCAUUUACAAGGACUGCAAUGUUGUUGUUGUUGAGGGAGGCCCUAAACAACAGAGAAAAUUCAAGAGAUUAAUGUUAAAUAGAAUCAAGUGGGCAGAGUCACACAAAAGGGUUAAAGGUGUAGAAGAAAAUGAUGAUGAUGGUACAGUUGAUAAAACUAACAGAUGUGUUCUGGUGUGGGAGGGUAUGGUGAAAACUAGGUCAUUUGACGAAAUGAAGUUCAAAACUUGCCCAACUGAGUCCUUUGCUCGCGAGCAGUUGAAGAAACAAGGGGUGGAACAUUACUGGGAUCUGGCUUUUUCUGGUGCUGUAUUAGAGCUAGCAGGAGACGAGAGCUAGUCUAUAUUGUUCUAUUAAAAUGUUUGCCCUGUUUUAUUACCUGGCAUGUCACUAUGUUAUGGACAGAUUUUUUGUAGAAUCAGCUGGUUCAUGUCUUAUGUUAGGCAAGCCAUUUUUAAUACUAUAAUAACAAUUGCUAUAACUAGGAUUGUUAUAGUCUAAACAAUUUAGUGUAAAUAUUAAAUAAUGGCACCCCUCUCAACCUUUAUGUUGGUAUGGGUGAUUCUAUGCUGUGUUAUUGACCUGGGUGCUCAAAUUCCAACUUUACAAUGUGGAAUUUAAGAUUUCCAGUUAUAAAAUGUCAUUACUGCCAAUAAUAUCCUAAAAAAACAAUUGUCUUUUUUUAUUGUCUAAUUUUUUUUUAUUAAAUUAAUGAAGAUUGCUUUGAAAAUGUCUAUAAUUCCAUCAUAUUGUGACAAAACUGUCUUAGUUGGGAAACACUUUCUUAUACUGAACAUUAAAAGUUGAGCUACAAUUUAUUUUGAAUGUCACAAUCAGAAUAUUUGGUCUGAUACCAGAUCUAGUAAGUUUGAGUAAAUUUAAUAAACAAUUUUUUAAAAUGCAAGUUCAAUUAUGAUGAACUUUCCUCAAAAUUAAUCUCUAAUUACAGUUUUAAGAUUCUUGAUGGUUAUUUCUGUCUAGACUAGAUAUGGGUCAGUUGUUUCUUUAAAUUUGUAAUUAUAUAAAUUCAUUACACACAAGGAAAUAAUCUAGGACCAACAUAUUUAAAAAGUGUAGUAACACAUUAAAACAUCUCAGUUUGAAGGUAGAAAAUUUAAAAGAUCACUUCUUAUAUGGAGGAUAUGUUUCUUUUUGUAUAUAUUACUAUGAUAAAAUAAAAAUUUGAA